AUGCCCGACCACGCCUACCAUCGUCAGGAAGGGCCCUUCAAGACUCCCAAUAGCGUCAACAUCAGACAGUCGCGCCGCGCCACCCAAGUCCUCAAUCAAGUCCUGCAACAGGAUCAAGUGACGGCGGCCAAAUGUUUCCCCUGGCAAUGUCCCCCUCCAAGUCCGAGCAAGAAGAGGAAGCCCAUGAGUGCGAUGGACGCCGCAAUCCUCGAGGAAUUUCAUCAAAAGCACGCGGAUCACGUGGAGCCCUUCUCACGCCCGGCCCAAUACCAGUCACGGCCAGCUCCGAGUCAUCACAUCAGGCCACCCCUCCAGGGUCUUCUUCACUCGAGAUCGUCACAUGUCUCAUCAAUGACACCUCAAGCUGGCAACGGCCCCUCGACGACGACAUCUCGCCCCGUGACACAUGUGUCUACCGCUCCGGUUCAUGGUCGGCCAGCUCACCAUCACCAGGCAAUAGGCUCGCACUGGACGAUGUAUGAUCAACAAGUGCAGGUCGCGCCCGAUCCCCAGACAGAGCGGUUGGCAGCCUCGGCGGCCAAGACAAGAAUUCACCAAAUCCUUCAUCGUGACGGCACUAGAAGGGCCGCGAAUGGGAGAGGGAAAAAGGUGACGAGCGUCGGAGGGUCAAGCCUCAAGAGGCAGAUGUCUGUUAACAACGGAGAUGCCCGUGAGGAACUGGCUCGGUUGGCCGAAAGCCGGACUGGUGGUAAUAACGGCACCGUCAGCAGGCCCUCCAAGAAAGCCAGGAAGAGAGUAGGCAAGUAG